UGGUACCCCAGAAUUAACCCUUCUCUCUCCUCCCCCAACAGGUUGGUUUUUGGAGGUGUCCCUGCUGAAGUGAAAGAGUUCUCCCAUGUGACACCCUGAGGUGCCUUUGAGGAAAGCUCUCUGGACCUACUCAUGGGCUGAUGGAGAAGUGGGCUCCCCACACCCUCUCUGUCCCCAGCUGAGAUUAUGGUGGAUUUGGGAUACAGCCCAGGCCUGGGCCUCCUGCUGCUGACCCAGCCCCAGAGGCGUUAGCAAGAGCCCUGCGCCGUCCACCCCCCCCCCCCCCCAGAGACCACCCCUCCUACCAGGGGCCUGGAGCUGGCGAGUGACUAUGCGGCUUGGGCUGUGUGUGGUGGCCCUGGUUCUGAGCUGGAUGCACCUCGCCACCGCCGCCGGCAGCCGGGGGAUCAAGGGGAAGAGGCAGAGGCGGAUCAGCACCGAGGGGAGCCAAGCCUGUGCCAAAGGCUGUGAGCUCUGUUCGGAGGUCAACGGCUGUCUUAAGUGCUCGCCCAAGCUGUUCAUCCUGCUGGAGAGGAACGACAUCCGCCAGGUGGGCGUCUGCUUGCCAUCCUGCCCACCUGGAUACUUCGAUGCCCGCAACCCCGACAUGAACAAGUGCAUCAAAUGCAAGAUCGAGCACUGUGAGGCCUGCUUCAGCCACAACUUCUGCACCAAGUGCAAGGAGAACUUGUAUCUGCACAAGGGCCGCUGCUAUCCCGCCUGUCCCGAGGGCUCGGUGGCCGCCAACGGCACCAUGGAGUGCAGCAGCCCUGCACAAUGUGAAAUGAGCGAGUGGUCUCUGUGGGGGCCAUGCUCCAAGAAGAAGAAGCUCUGUGGCUUCCGGAGGGGCUUGGAGGAGCGGACACGGAGGGUGCUCCAGGCCCCUGGUGGGGACCACACCGUCUGCUCCGACACCAAGGAGACCCGGAGGUGCACUGUGCGGAGGACACCCUGCUCGGAGGGGCAGAAGAGGAGGAAGGGCGGCCAGGGCCGGCGGGAGAAUGCCAACAGGAACCCGGGCCGGAAGGAGAGCAAGGAGGCGGGCGCUGGCGCUCGGAGACGCAAGGGCCAACAACAGCAGCAGCAAGGGACAGUGGGGCCGGUCACCUCUGCGGGGACAACCUAGGGACACUGUUCAGCCUCCAGGCCCAUGCAGCAAGAGUCCAGCGCCGCUCUGUGUGAUGAGAGCUUUACUGAACUCGAGCACUGGAGGCAGCGCGUCCACACACUCUCCAUACAUACAGGAACACACAGAUACAUGCACACAGACCCUGUAUCCAAAUAUGUAACCGACAUACAUACAAAUAUGUGUGUGUAUGCAUGUGCACAUGCGUACACACACACACACACACACACACACACACACACAAUAGAGGCUACUGGAAGAUCCUUCUAGCCCUCAGACAACACUGUGUGAGCAGGGCGGGGAGGUGGAGGGGUCAUCGCUGCCCAGCAGAGGGCCCAGAGGCAUAUGCUUGGUUUGUGAUUCUCCCAGUGGACGGACGCCUCAGAGACAACAUUUUCCAGCAUCCAAGCCCAAACUUGGCAGAGUGGAGCCUUCUGGAGGAGCUGAUAGGACCAGCCUGGUGUGGCAGACAGGAGCCAAAGCUUUAGACUGUUCCGCAUCUCCAGCUGUGUGACUUUAUCCUUGGAGAGUUUUGUUACACAUCCAUGAUCCGUAUAAGGGCUGCCCUGACUCUGAAAACUGC